CGUGUAAUAUAGGCAUUACAGUACAUGUUUCAUGGGCAAAAAAUGCAUUCCAAUGUAGCCAGACCCAGGUGGUACAUGCUCAAUGAGCUCAAUGCAGGCUAACAGGCUAACUGGGAAAAAAACAUCAUGCCAAUCUCUAGCUAUGGUGAAGGGUAUGUGAUGAUGUGGGGCUAUUUUAAUUCCAUUGACUAUGGGAACUUUAUCAGGAUGCGUAAUAUCCUGGAUCCAUGAAAAAAGCUGACCUUUAAGCAUAAAAACAUAUUAAAAAAAAUCCUCCUGCUCCUAUGGGAUUUUAACAUAGGGUUCAAAUACUUAUGUCCCCUGUAUUUAACGAAGAACAUUUAUUUAUUUACGAUACAUUCUUCAAUCACAAGGAAAAGUGGUGUUCUUAGUGGUUUGUUCUUUACUCAACCUGCAUGACGGCAUAGUUUGAUAGGAUGCAUUUAAUGUGUUUAAUGCACGUCUUGCUUAAGAUACUUCUGCUAGAUGUGCUGUGUUGGAGCUUAGGGUCCACUCCACGUCUGACAAAAACUUGCCUGCCUUUGCAGAAACCGCAGAAUGGGCUGCAGCACAUCUCCACGUCAGGAGAUGGCGAUCAUGUACCAAAUUGCUUUUUGACGACUGCCAACAAAGACAGCAGAAGAAGAACGCACGAUAAUAACAUAACAAACCCAUGCAAAUGCCCAGUAAACCGGACAAGCGAAGGGAGAAAGCAUAUUAAACCAGAUUAUUGUAGUCCGUGGUUGUUAUUAACGAUGAGAUACUGUAUUUAGAAAAGAAGAUUGCGGUCAGCUUCAGUUUAUUUUUUAUGUAGCGGAGGAGGUGGACGAGACUAAGGAGGCUAUGUGGUGACGUCUUUCUUUCCUUAGUAUUUUAAAUGACCAUACUAAGGAACAAAAAGGCCUACAGUGCAACAAAACAAACCGACAGACAACACGGCAAAGAGGUUCCAACAUAGGGAAGUCGACACCGAGGAGAAGGUGUGUGUGUGUGUGUGUGAAGAUGGACGAAAUUGCUCAGCAUAUGGACAUGAAUCACAAGCAAGCCUGCAUCAACCUGGAGAAAGCCACUAAAUUCAUAACACAAGUAUUACAGCAUGAAGUAGUGAGGAACCAGGAGCUCUGUGUGCUGAUCCAUCGUCUGGAGGAGACGGAAGCGGAGAGUGGUCGCAGCUUGACGGAGCAAGUGGAUUCAAACCGGCAGCUGAGACUUCAAACCGAUGAGCUGCAGAAACGCCUGGAGAUGAAGGACAACUCACUCACACAAGCCAACCAGACUGUGGCUUUGCUAAGAAAUGAACUCGGGGUCCUACGUCGGCAGCUCCAGAAAAAUCAGAGUAAAGAUAGGACAUUCCAGGACGAGAAUGAAUGGCUGGAGGGUGGGGAGAGCAGGGUUAAGGCUGAGGUAUCUUCCGAUGGCGAGAGUCCACCGGUCCUGUUCGAUGAUCAGAAGCUGCUGGAGGGUCCACUUUCUGGGAUUAAAGAAAAGGAAGAUGCAUAUGAUUCUGUUGAGCAUGGCUAUGGAGAGCAAAGGCAGUCUGUUGUAGAAACAGCUGACCCUGGAUCAGAAGAGACCAUCUGUGCAGCUGCAGACAUCAAAACAGAACUGAUCGAGGAAGAGGAGGGCCAAUCAAGCAUGACUCCAGUCCUCCGGUCAGAGAUGGACUUCCCCUCUGACGACCCCGUGUCUCUGGCCCAGUUUUGUGGGGUGUCGGCGGGGCUGGUGGACUGGGCUAGGGCACAAGGACAGCGAGGGAUGGAGGAAGAGAUGAGCAGAUGGAAGAGAGAUGGAGACCAAUCUGACAACCGGCCUCAUGCAUUACUUGCUGACCCCAUGGAGAACCCUACUUCCUGUUGGACCCGACAGACCGUCGCUUCCUCCAGUUAUUCCACAGAGCUAGAGGAAGCCCAAAGUUUCUCCGAUCCUCCGUCUGACAAAAUCUUCAGUUCCCAGCUCAAGGUGCACCAACGAAUUAACUCAGCGCAGAGACAGCACCACUGUGUUUUGUGUGGCCAAAGUUUCCACUAUGUGGGCAAUCUCAUCAAACACCAGCGCACUCACACCGGAGAGAGACCAUUUCACUGCACCGAGUGCGGCAAGAGUUUCAAUCGAGAGGAUAGUCUCAAAAGACACUACCGCCUCCACACAGGAGAGAGACCGUACCACUGCUCUCAGUGCGGCAAGAGUUUCACACAACUUGGAAGUUUAAGGACACACCAGAACAUCCACAUGGGAGAGAGGCCGUACCACUGCACUCAGUGUGGCAAGCGUUUCACUCAUGUUGGUAACCUCAAAAUACACCAGCGCAUUCACACAGGAGAGAGACCAUACCGCUGCAUUCAGUGCGGGAAGUGCUUCACCCAUGAGGGAAAUCUCAAGACGCAUCACCGCAUUCAUACAGGAGAGAGGCCGUUUGACUGUGCUCAAUGUGGCAAGAGGUUUUCCACAAAAGGAAAUUUAAAAAAGCAUGAGCUUAAGCACACUGGGGCGAAUCUGUAGACCUGCCUCAGGUCAAGUGGCAGUGGUGAUUCUGUUAGACAGCAGACUUUAAAGGUAUACUAUGCAGGAUUGGCGAUUUCAUCACCUGUUUCGCUUUUUAAAUUUUCAUUUUCGCUCGUUUUAUGCUUGCAUAUUUCUCUGCAGAGCUUCCCCUACAGCUUAAGCGUGUAUACAGUAUUUGACAAAACUCCUCAAUCGGUCAGUCUGCCGUGCCUUUUCAUGACACUUUACAUGACACUUCCUGGAGUAGAGCAUGGGUGCGUGCCCGGUGUCUCCUGAAGUUGCAAGUGUGGUUUUACCGCUACAGACCACUAGAGCGGCCAAAAAAAACACUGUUCGACCGGUAAUGACUCAUUUAAUCAUAUAUAACAGUAUGGAACGAAUUGAUUAACUGAAAAACGUUGCAUAGUAUACCUUUAAGGUGUAUUCUACGAUUGCAAUGCACUUAUUUCAAAUUCAGCUAAUUGGUCUUCAAUGCCUGUUCUGCUGAAAAAACAAAACCUGUUGUUUAUGAAUUGUCCUGGACUAGCAUCACAUUAUUCGCCUUUUCUUAGGUAUCACAGGCAGUCUUGGGUAUCCAUUGACAGGCAUUGAUAACAGAACCUCACACAAGUUUCAAUUCACAACAUUGUAAUAUUCUGUCAACCAUUUCACUUUGAUAAUACACUGCUCAAAUUAAGGGAAUACAUUUAUUUUUUUCACAAUUGCUGAAUCACAUUUUGUUUAAACCUUCCAUCUAUUUCUCCUUUCGAGUUUCAGAGGAUGUCUGACAAUCUGAAAGCCUGACCGCAAAGUCAUAACAGUUUCUCUUCAACACCAAACAAUUUCAGAGUACAGAUUCACUGUGUGAUUGAAGUGUUCCCUUAAUUUUUUUGAGCAGUAAUACAUUAUGUUUGGCAUAAAGAAGUACAUCAAGAGAAACCGAUAUUGAUGUUACCAAUUUGAUGAAAUCAUAUUAAAGCUCUCAGCCGGAAAGCCAUGGCCAUUUUCAUUGAGAUUUUUGCUCAAAUGAAAAUCUAAAUAUUAACAUAAUACAGUCAUGGUACAAAUUGUUGGCACCCAUGCGAAAGUUGACUAAAAAGAGGAAUAUAAAAUCAUCUUUCGGAAAUUGAUUUUAAUGGCUUAAGUAAUAAAAUGAGGAAAUAUCCAACCUUUAAGAACACCAAUUUUCUUUGUGAAUGAAUAAUGUAUCAUAAAUAAAUGUAUCAUAAAAUGUUUGCCCCAAAAUACUGGGGUCAAAAAUAUUGGCACACCUGUAGCCCUAUGGGAAUUUAACACAUGGGCUUAACAUUGGGGCAGGCAGUUUUUAUUUUUAUUUUUAAAGGCCACUUAUUUCAUGGAUCCAGGAUACUAUGCAUCCUGAUUAAGUUCACUUGGUCUUUAGAACUAAAAUUGUUCUGUUUGAUGCGCAUUGAGCUCAAUGCAAAUCAAACCAGCUAAUAGGCUAACUGAACAAAACCGAACAAAACACCAUGCCAAUCUCUAGGUAUGGUGAAGGGUGUGUGAUGAUGUGGGGCUAUUUUAGUUCCAAAGGUCAAAGGAACUUUAUCAGGAUGCAUAGUAUCCUGAAUCCAUGGAAAAAAAAAAUAUAUAUAAUCUCUAUAUGAAGAAAUCAAUCAAGUGAAGAGAAAGGCAGGCCGAUACAGAAUAUGACUUGUGCUGUGAAGCUGCAGACUUUGAUAGUAAGUGUGCAAUACUGUAAUAUUAUACUGUGUCUGAAUUUACACUUACUUGGACAUACUGAUAUUUCAGCUCUUUCACUCUCUCAGAGUUGCGCUCAAAGGCUAGUAAGAGUGCAGUAACAGAGGACUUUCAGUGAUUAUUGAUAAUGAACAUUUACACUAUUCCUGUUUUGUAGUCUGACUCUUUGGAUUAUUGAAGCCACAGAGAAACUGAUGAUGUUAGGUUGGACGCAAAGUCCUGCUUUUCUCAUUGACAUUCCAUAAACCAGAACAAUGGUCAA